AUGGUUGGAUGUAUCAUACCAUUUUGCAACAAUUCCUCAGAAAAGGGAUAUAUUCUGAAAAUAAUCCCGAGAGAUGAUGAACGUCGACGACAAUGGAUAGAACGUAUAAAUACAAAGUAUAAUUGGACGCCAGCAAAACAUUCAUGUGUAUGCGAGGUACACUUUCAACCUGAAAUGUGGGAACAGAGGAGCGAUAAGAAAAGGAAAUUGAAACAUAACGCAGUACCUACAAUUUUUGAAUAUUUUGUAAAGAAACAAAUUCCUGUUACGAUACCUAAUACCAUUGAGGAAACACAGCAGCCCGUUUAUGAAGAACAUAUAGCAGUAAAUGAGAAACAGACGGUUAUAAAUGACAUAGUUGAACCUGCUCCUGCUCCUACUACAUCAUUGUUAAAUGAUACAGAACAUAUUGAAGUAAAUGAGAAACAGAUGGUUAUAAAUGACACUGUUGAACCUGCUCCUGUUCUAACUAUAUCAUCGUUACCAUAA